GGAUUUUGCUGCUGGACAGGUAACUUACGUUUUCGUUCAAAAUGGCGGACGACGAUUUGGAAGGGUAUGACGAUGACCUCGAUGAGGUCGAAGAAGAAGACCACUUUGAAGAUGUAGAUGACUUAGAGCCAACAGAAGACACAGAUAAUAUUGACAUUUUGCCCACAACAGAAGAAAGCCAAGAACCAACAAAAAGAAUCACAACACCAUAUAUGACAAAAUAUGAGAGAGCAAGAGUAUUAGGAACUAGAGCACUACAGAUAAGUAUGGGUGCCCCUGUUAUGGUGGAACUUGAAGGUCAGACAGAUCCUCUACAGAUAGCCAUGAAGGAACUCAAAGCAAGAAAAAUCCCCAUUAUUAUUCGGCGAUAUCUUCCAGACGGAAGCCAUGAAGACUGGGGGAUAGAUGAACUGAUCAUCACUGAAUAAAACUGCAUUGGUGGUAGUUUAGUUGUCAGCAUUUGUUUGAUGUUUUGAUGGCUUACUUAUGUGUGCGUCUUAGUUCAUUUUAUGUCCAUAUUUACUAAUUAAAAAUACUACCCAUUCCUUUUUUUUAACCCUACCCAUGAGAGUUCUGUAUAUCCUCAAGAGAUUUUCAAUUAUUUCACACCUGCAGUGUAUUUAUGUAGUAUGUUAAUAAUGUAUUUUGUCAUGUUUGGAAAAUGCUUUUGAUAAACAGUAAAAAGAGAUCAGUCUCUGGUUUUACUUCA